UUCUGGCCUGUCCGGCAGCAGGAACUUUCGCUUCGUUCCUUCAGAACAAGAUGGACUGGAGUGAGGACGAUAGUGGUCACAUGCAUGACGGCUGUCACCACGGACAUGCAGGUCAUUCUCACAGUCACGGGCCGAGAGCGGCGCACCCCUUCAUGACAGGUUUUCACGGACAGUUUGGAAAAAGCACGGAUCAGGGGAUGAACCUCAGUCAGCAGCCGAAGAAACGCUCGCACAUGGAUGACAGCAGCAGUUGGGACAUCGUCAAGGCGUCGCAAUUCGGUAUCCUCGAGCGCUGUAAGGAGCUGGUGGAAGCAGGAUAUGACGUCAGGCAGCCAGACAAAGAGAACGUCACUCUGCUGCACUGGGCGGCCAUCAACAACCGAUCAGAGCUGGUCAAGUAUUAUAUUUCGAAAGGGGCGAUAGUGGAUCAGCUUGGAGGAGACCUGAACUCUACUCCUCUUCACUGGGCCAUAAGGCAGGGCCACCUCCCCAUGGUGAUCCAGCUGAUGAGAUACGGAGCAGAUUCCUCCAUCGCAGAUGGAGAAGGAUACCGUGCGCUCCACCUGGCCAUCCUCUUCCAGCACAUGGCCAUAGCAGCUUAUCUUAUGGCUAAGGGGCAGGAAGUGGAUGGGCCUGACUGCAACGGACAGACGCCGCUGAUGUUAGCAGCCCAGAAGAUCAUUGGGCCCGAACCCACAAACUUCUUGAUCAAAAAUAACGCCUCCGUGAAUGCCGUGGACAAAGUGAACAGGAACACUCCGCUGCACUGCGCUGUGCUGGCAGGAAACGUAGACGCCGCCCACAUCCUGCUGGAGGCCGGGGCCAGCGUGGACGCAGAAAACAUAAAUGGUCACACGCCUAUCGACUUGGCCCACCAGGUGCACAGCCCUCUGCUCAUCCACAUGCUCAACCACGUCAAACAGGCGAGGAUUCGCUCCAACUCUCGCUGCCUGCGGAUCGUCAACAGAUACAGGGUCUUUCUGCAGUUUUUGCUCUGCACUGCCAUGUUUGGAAGUGUGGGCGCCAUAGUUGAUAUGAACUCAGAGUCCUGGUUGCUCAAAGGGAUCCUGCUGGCCUGUGUGAUAGUUGUGAUCAAUGUGGCCUCAAGGAACUUGCCAAAUCCAGCCUUUCAGUCUCUCCUACCUGCUACAGCUCUCAUGGCUUCAGUCUUCUGGAUGCUCGUCACCUGGUGCCUCUGGUUCCUGCCAGAUGGGCACAGCGCCACAGUGCAGGUCCUGUUCACUCUAAAUGCCACUGCUCUGCUCUACUACUACCUCCGCGCCUGCAGGACUGACCCAGGCUUCGUCAAGGCGACCGAGGAAGAGAAGAAAAUGAAUGUGUUGGUGUUGGCUGAAGCCGGCUGUCUGGACCCCAGAAUAUUCUGCACGUCUUGUAUGACAAAGAAACCGGUGAGAACGAACCACUGCUUCUCCUGUGAUGCCUGUGUGGCCAAGCAGGACCACCACUCUGUGUGGACCAACGGCUGCAUCGGUGCGAGGAACCACCACUACUUCAUCCUCUUCCUGUUCUCCCUCAUGCUGAUGGGAGCCUGGAUGUUCUACGGUUGUCUUGUGUACUGGUCCACUCGCAGGGUGCUGCAUUAUGAGGAGCAGGGCCUGUGGGGCAUGGUCUCCGCCCUGGUCAGCUGCUCUCCCUGGCUGCUCAGCGUCUUCCUGAUGGCCUUCUAUCACACCUCCUGGUCCGGCUUGACCCUGGUGGUGCAGCUCUACCAGAUCGCCUUCCUGGGACUGACCACAGCAGAGCGCAUGAACCUGAUACUCCACCAAAGGAAACUCCGACAAUCCACCUCCCUGAGACAGAAUCCUUACAAUUUGGGCGUCGUGCGGAACCUGGUUUCCUUCUUCCAGCUGCGUUGUUGUGGCCUCUUCAAACCGGCCAUCAUCGACUGGACGCAGCAGUUCCCGCCCGGCCGCGACCAGCCCAUGUUCGGACACGCCGACAUGGUCUGACCUGCCCGCCGCCCCUCGCUCAGGGUCAAGGGUCAGACUCUCACAGUUGUUCUGGACCAAAAGCACAAAGUGUAUUUAUUUAUUUUUCUAUGUAAAAUCAGAAGAUAUCAGAAGUUGGGAAAAGACAAAGGAUCGUGUGGAUAUUGUUUAAACCGGUUGCUCUUUGUACAGACUGCUGCUGCCUUAUACUUGACCAAUGUAAGUGAAAUGAAAAUCACAAAAUGUUUAAAUUUGGGUGAGAUGAGUCAACCUUUAAAGGCCUACAUUGUAAAUUGAAGUUUUGAGAUGUUUUUUAUGAACACAUCAAGCCUAUUUUUAUUAUCUGUUCUGGGGGAAAAAAUGAUCUUUGUACAUGUAAACAGUUGGUUUUCUGACUUUUGUAAGAGUUGCAUGUGUUUAAUAAUGAAUGACCACUAUAGUACUUCAAUAAAGCAAUGUUGUGCCUGUC